GCGACCCCCCGGUCGUGUUGACGGCACUUGACGUGUCUCCGUCAACACAACAAUGGCGGAUGCCGUGGAGGAAGCUCUUCAGGGCAGCUGGGACCAGGAUCUAGCUGAGGCGCUGGAUUCGGGCGGCUCUGACAUGGAGAUGGAGCGAGGCAUCAUCCAGGUCCAGGAGCACUCAGCUCAACACAAGGCCAAGAUGUGGAAGAUCGCUCUGAAUGUCUCUGGAAAAGGAGACAGCCUGUCUCCCUGGGACGGCGUCCUUGAUUUACCAGAACAGACCCUCAUUCACAACCGCAGUCAACAGCUUAUUGACCAGCUGGAGGUAUCAGAGGAUGAGAGGAGCGACAUGGUGUCAGAUGUUGAGUCAGUCAUCACUUUCUACUGCAAGUCCCGCAACAUUUCCUUCACCCCGGAGCUGAGCUGGCCGCACCUGCUCAAACCACUGCUGGGCCUUCAGCUUCCUCGCAGCGACCUCUACAACUGCUUCUAUGCUGUCAUGAACAAAUACAUCCCCAGGGACUGCGUGCCAAACGGCCGACCCUUCCACCUGUACAGAUUACUGCUGCAGUACCAUGAGCCGGAGCUCUGCUCCUUCUUGGACACCAAAAAGAUCACACCUGACUCCUACGCCAUCAACUGGAUGGGCAGUCUCUUUUCCAGCCACUGCCCUCCUGACGUGACCCAGACCUUGUGGGACUGCUACUUCCAGCAGGCCGACCCCUUCCUCAUCUUCUUCCUCAUGCUCAUCAUCCUCGUCAAUGCCAAAGAGUCCAUCCUUACACAAGAGGGAGACAGCAGAGAGGACAUCAUCAAAAUGCUGGAGUCAUCUCCAUCUCACCUGGAAGCCGAGGACAUUGAAGAUUUGUUUUCUUUGGCCCAGUAUUACCAGAGCAAAACCCCUCUGUCUCUCAGAAAGAUGAACCAGAAUCUGUUUGGCAGCAGCCUGGUGGCUCUGAAAGAGGAGGACACUGACCUGAGUCAGGCUCUGUGUCUCCCUGUGUCUGUCCCUGAGAUCCUGCAGGCCAACCAGCUGCAGCAGGAUGGGGUUCGUUUUUUUGUGGUGGAUUGUCGGCCUGCAGAGCAGUACAACGCUGGCCACCUGUCCACAGCCUUCCACCUGGACUCUGACCUGAUGCUUCAGAACCCCUCUGAGUUCGCUCUGUCUGUGAAGUCCCUCUUGGAGGCUCAGAAACAGUCUCUGGAGUCCGGCUCCAUUGCCAGCGGAGAGCACCUGUGCUUCAUGGGCAGUGGCAGGGAGGAGGAGGACAUGUACAUGAACAUGGUGUUGGCCCAUUUCCUGCAGAAAAACAAAGAAUAUGUCAGCAUUGCUAAAGGAGGCUUCAUGGCCCUCCAAAAGCAUCUGGUCGACAUGAAUAUUGAGGGUCUGGACUCUUCAUACCUGCACUGGAUCGUCAGCACGUCAGGAUCCCACAGCAGCCUCAGCUCUGCUGAUGGAGAGUCACUAAGUAGCCCUGGAGACGGCAAAGGCGUCAAGUCUUUGGUCAACAAAAUGACGUUUGCUUUAAAGUCCAAGUCAGUGAACGUGAAGGAGAAGAUGAUCAGCUUCAUCGAGAACACCUCCACCCCUGUAGACAGAAUAUCUUUCAAUCUGCCCUGGCCAGAGAAGGUGAUUCCAGAUCGGCAUGUGAGCAGCAGCGACCGCGUCGGAAAACCUUACCGGGGGGUGAAGCCCGUUUUCAGUAUUGGUGAUGAGGAGGAGUAUGACACAGACGAGAUCGACAGCUCGUCAAUGUCAGACGAUGACAGGAAGGAGAUUGUCAACAUUCAGACCUGGAUAAACAAACCAGACGUAAAACAUCACAUUCCGUGUAAUGAGGUGAAAGAAACUGGUCACAUGUUCCCCAGCCACUUGUUGAUCACAGCCACUCACAUGUACUGCCUGCGGGAGAUUGCCUCGAGGAAAGGCUUCGCCUACAUCCAAUCCAGACAAGCACUGAACUCUGUGGUGAAGAUCACAUCCAAAAAGAAGCACCCGGAACUGAUCACGUUCAAAUUCGGCAGCAACAACUCAGCUGGAGUGGAGAUAUCAGCAGUUGAAAGAUAUUUGAUACCCAACGCAGGCGACGCCACCAAGGUCAUCAAGCAGCAGAUCAUGAAAGUCCUCGACGCUCUGGAGAGCUCGUAAAGGGAGACGACGGGGUCUUGACGGCCAGCCGUGACACAAACUGUAAGAAGAGUCUCUGUCUGCCGAGAGUGAAACCUUCUCCUCCCGCUCUCCCUCGGCUGUCCUCCCUCCUGGACGGAUCCAGUGCAGUGUUGACUGUGAAGCCCUGUGUGUCAGUGUUUGGGACAUGGGUGUGCACACUGCUGGCUGCAGGCCUGUGGGACAGGCUGUGUGUGUUGAAAUACUUAGGUGCUCCGCAGUCAUCCAACCGUUCUCUUAAACUAAGUUAAGGAAUAUUAGUUAUACUGUAUGUGUUUCGUUAUCAUUGAUAAAACAUGGGGUCUCAUUACAGUGCAAUUCUACUUUGGCAACUUCCCUCUGGCCUUAACGUAGCGGACUGACGAAGCCUGUUCCAUCACUACACGACUGACCUUUGACUCAAGCAUCUCAAUUCUGACCCGUUUGUUUUGCAGUGAACAGUAUUGCUGCUCAGUCAUGUCUCUCACUUUACCUCUCAGAUGCUUUGAGAGGAGAUUGAAUGAUCAUUGUUCUGGUCAGGAACUGUAACAACAUUAACACGCACAUUUAAAAGAAGAAAAAGCAUUGCUGGCACAUGAGUCAAGUUUCUACCGCAACAACUGUUUUUGAUAACUUUGAUUUUCCAGCAGGCCGCCUUAUAUAGAAAUUAUUUGAGGAUAUUUAUAAAUACACAGACCGUUGCAGCGUCAUUUUGAAAGCAUAUCCUGGUAGUUAGAACACGCAGUGAAACUUAAACUGGCUCCUCCUGAUGUUCCCCUUCUUUAUAGAGUUCGCCUUUUACAGAGUUUCCAGGAGAUAAUUUAUUCUCUGUUUUUACAUAUAAUAAUGAAUUAAAGCUGGAGUAGGCAGUUUGAUUUUGGCACCAUUGAGCAAAAAUCCCAUAGUUAACUUUUUUUCUUUUUUGUUUUCUAAUUGAAGUGGUCCGAGAGAACACUAGACUUCUGUGUGUCCGCUUGGUUCUCUUAUCGGGCUUUAGAAAAUCCAGCCCGUGAUGGAGACUUCGGACAAUCACAGAGAGAGCAGCUGUCGGUCAUGUCAAUCACUGCUCAUGAGCUGUGGUCAAACUGUCAAACUAGCAGUGUUAGGGUCGUUACUCAUAAAAGUACACAUUACUCAUCACAAAAAAAAAUGUGUGACUUAACUUUUGCCGUAUUACUCAUUAGUUCAAGUUUCAGAUAGUUUAAAAUAUCCAGCAUCACACUUGUCGUUAAGCUAGUUUGCUGUCUUAAGUCACUCUACAGCAGGAAAUGACACUUCAAAAUAAAAGCUCCGUGCUGGAUAUUCACUGUACCUCAAAACAAAGUGUGUUUUUCACAAACCUGACACUUUCGCGAGUCACUUGCGGUCAACUUAAAAUGGAGUCACGACCCACCAGUUGGGAACCGCUGCUCUAAUCCUUCGUCAGACAACCUGUUCAUCCUUGGCACCAGCGCAAAACUGUCCAGACUGAAGAGCCUCUCCACGGGUACUCUGGACGGCGUUGAUGAUGUUGGCAUGUUUGACGAUUUUUUUUUUAAUCCAUCCAUUAUGCAUAUAAUUGAAAAACUUCUGUAACACAACUAACAGGCCCCAGGAAAGCCCCUCAGCAACAUUUCCCAGUGGUCACUCAUGGUAUUGCAGUGAAAUAAUUCCCUGCGGCCCAAAAGGGAUUUUCCCCAUAGACCACCAUCAUAAAAAACACGUCUGUAAAACUGUUGACAGGACACCUCGAAUGCAGUCAAGGUCGUUAAUGACUCUUUCUAUCAUGAAUUUUUGAUCCAUGGAGGUUUUUUAUUUGUACAACUUUCCUCAAGCCGAGAAAAACGAUUUAACAUCCAUGAAGUCAUCACAAUGUAAAGUCUACAAGCCGAGCAGGAGGAAAACUACUGUGCAUAUUCAGUGGGUCGCAUACCUCGGAAGUAAACCCAGAAGUUGGUGAACUUUUUUUUAGCGUAUGCCCCGGGUGCCAUCUUGGCAUUCAGCAUCUAGUUAUUAAUAAAAUCUACGGCAAGUAAUGACAUAAUUAUUUGAUUAGUGACUGUAACAGUAACAAGUAAUGAGAAAGUUUGUGACCCUGCUGCCGUGUUAAAAACUGUUGAGCCGAAACAAAACACCGCCCACCUGCCAGAGCAAAUGUUCUCAUGUUACAGCCAAACAGUAUACUAAAAUAAGAUUCUGAAAAUCUUUGCCUGGUUUGACAGUUUGACUGCAGUUCAAAAGCAGCGACUGACAAGAAGUGUUUGAGACACCUCAGCUCUGAUUGGUUGUUUUCAUAAUUCUUGCAAAUGCCAUUAUGAGCACUAUGAGGAGGUAGAUGUUCAUCUGCCUCGUGUACUCCUGUCAGGAUAUAGUGACAGUUAUAACAAAUGAUUUUGUCAUGUUUGCUUAAAGAGUUACCUACUGUAGCUUUAUCCUCGUCUCACAGCAGUCUGAUGUAGCUCUCAGAAAGCACUGCUCGCAGCCCCUCUGGACUACAUCAGUAUUACAACAGGAGCUUUGGUGAUUGUAGUUAAAAGCCUGAGCACCUCAGUAUUUUUCCAUCCCAUUAAGAUUCAGUAUGUGAAAGAUUUCCCUUCAGUUAACCUGACAGAAAAGUGUGCGGAUGAAUUAAAUCCGUGAUUAUAUUAGCAUCUGGAAGGCUGUUACUGUAAUUGAACUUCUGCCUACUUAGAGAGAAAAGAUCGCUGUAACAAGGUCUGUGUUUUGCACUUACAGGCACAGCUUUGAAAGGAAUGAAAAGAUAAACUGUAAAAAGAAAAUUCAUUAUGUAUCUAUGUUUUCAGAUCUGUCUUGUCCAUUGUAUUAGUCGAAACUAAGCAGCUUUAGUUUGCUUGCCACUGUUGCCUUCGGCCUCAUGCCUGUGAUGUGUGAUAUUGGCACCAGCAGUGGCAGCAUAUCACAGUAUACCGCUGCUUCUUUCUCUUAUCUCAAACUGUUUCGGGACGUUUUCUCACUUUGUUCUUGCUUACUCAUUCAUCUGAAUUGUAGUUGUGCAGGCAGCCUGGGUUCAAAGUGUCAAAGCCUCUGAAGUGAUGCAGCACCUUCCUGACAGCUCCAGAUGAAAUGGUUCACCCCUGUCAUCUCUUAAAAUUGAAUGAGGGGAGAGUAAAAAUAUGCGGCACAUUUAGAACAUGGGCGACAAAAACUUGAAUUAAAGACUCAUGAAUCUGGUCUCUCUUCACUCCAGUCUUUCACAGCAUUCCCAUGUAAUCCAUGCAUUGUGUUGUAAUUUUGUGAUAUUUUUCAGUAUUGACUGGAACAUCCUUAAUCGGGAGUUGGUAACAUCGCUGGCAGAGGAUGUCAACCACUAGUCGAAAUGCAACAUGUCUCAAGUGUAAUUUGCACCUUACUGUACUGCUAUUAUUUUCUAAGCGUUUCUGUUUUUAAUAAAUGGAGAUUAUUCGACUGCA